AAGACUUGGCAUAAAGGCAGCUGUGUGCUGGUAAAUGAUUAGCAGCUGACUCUGCAGGGGGUAGGGGUUGGUGGGCGGAGCCUGCUUUGUAGCAUUUGACAAGAGCUGCUGUGUAAAUACUCCCUCCUUGGCCCGUUUCAAGCACACAGGUUACAGAAUAUCUUCACCUUCCUGAUACAAGAGAUGUAUAUAAUGUCAAGAGCAUAGAUGAUAGUAGAAUGUAGUAAAAGAAUUAGGAAGUCAUGAGUGUUCAGUGUUAUUACCUUUGUGUUUAAUAGAAUUUGGUUAUAAAUUUGUAUAAUUCAGUUGUUAAUAAUGGCUGUGUUUAACAACUGGCUUGAAAAAGUCCUGAAAAUUUAGCAGUUGAAUCUUGUGCGCAGGUGUGAGGUGGCUCCAGCGCACCAUUUGGGUCAUUGGGACCCAAGAUUGGUACCUAAAGAGGGGAUGGGAAUAAGUAUUCUCUGAGAUUAGGGAGGGAAAAGAUGCCCGUCUCACCGCCUUUGUCCCCAGUAGAAGCCCGAGGGGAACGAAGGCCCAUGGCGGGUCAUUGAUGAGGGUUUGACCUGCAUGUACACGGGUGUGUGUGGCACAGAGGGGUCCCAACCAGAAACCAGAAGUGCAGGAAACACACUUAAGUUGGGGAUUGUAUUAGGGACCAGGCACAUCUCCUUGUGCUUUAGCUGAAAAGUAUCUUUAGUUUGAAUGCUUGUUUUACUCCUACACAUUCUUUUAAAAAUUCCAAACUCAUGGGUUGUGAUUUGAAGAAAACCUCCCUCCUUCUUGCCUAACAGAAAGUAGAAAUCAAAGGCGUCAGUGGGCAUUGGGAAAGGGAACAAGGUAGCAGCAGCCACUGACCUUUACCCCCCUGCUCCCCUCCCACCCGUGGGCUGCUGGGAAUAGAGGACCAAGGCUGCUUCCUCCUGGGGUUUUCCAGAAACCAUCCUGCCGCUGGAGCAGGAGCUGGGUCUGCGCUGGGCCUGGGAAGGCAUGGCUGCAUAGGUGUCCUCCACAGCUGCCUCUUUCCCUUGGGCAGAAACAGAGACUGGAACCAAGCCUGACCCAAGCUCUCUGGCUGGCCAGAGUUCACAACCUGGGGAUGUUAGCGGAGCUGUGCUGUAAAAGGUACCACUAUUACCCCCAUUUCAGAUGAGGAAACUGAGAGAGGUUCUAUAACUAUCCAAGGCACCCAGGCUUUUGGAAGAUGCUCACAGUGGCAGUGUGCAUGGUCCUUCUGGGCUGCCUGCAGGCCCAAGAGCCCCAGGGACAUGUCUCCAUAAUCCUGCUGGGAGCAACUGGGGACCUGGCCAAAAAAUACUUAUGGCAGGGGCUAUUCCAGCUGUACCUGGAUGAGGCGGGAAAGGGCCACAGUUUUAGCUUCCAUGGGGCUGCUCUGACGACCACCAAGCAGGGCCAAGAGUUCAUGGACAAGUUCCUGGAGUCCCUCUCCUGUCCCAAGGAUGUAGCACCUGGUCGCUGUGCUGAGCUCAAGGACCAGUUCCAGCGGCUGAGCCAGUACCACCAGCUGAAGACCAGUGAGGACUAUCUGGCCCUGAGCAAGGACAUCGAAGCACUGGUCCAGCAGGAGGGCCUCCGGGAGGCUGGCCGGGUUUUCUACUUCUCGGUGCCGCCCUUCGCCUACGCGGACAUUGCCCGCAACAUCAACAGCAGCUGCCGACCGGGCCCAGGCGCCUGGCUGCGGGUCGUCCUUGAGAAACCCUUUGGCCAUGACCACCUCUCAGCCCAGCAGCUGGCCACAGAGCUUGGGAGCUUUUUCCAAGAGGAGGAGAUGUACCGGGUGGACCAUUACCUGGGCAAGCAGGCCGUGGCCCAGAUCCUGCCUUUCCGAGACCAGAACCGCAAGGCCUUGGACGGCCUCUGGAACCGACACCACGUGGAGCGGGUGGAGAUUGUCCUGAAAGAGACUGUGGACGCAGAAGGUCGCACCAGCUUCUAUGAGGAGUACGGCGUCAUUCGCGACGUCCUCCAGAACCACCUGACCGAGAUCCUCACCCUGGUGGCCAUGGAGCUGCCCCACAACGUCAGCAGCUCCGAGGCCGUCUUGCAGCACAAGCUGCAGGCCUUCCAGGCGCUGCGGGGCCUCUGGAAGGGCAGUGCCAUCGUGGGCCAGUACCAGGUGUAUACCGAGCAGGUGCGCAGAGAGCUGAACAAGCCGCCCAGCUUCCACAGCCUGACGCCGACCUUCGCAGGCAUCCUCGUUCACGUGGACAACCUUCGCUGGGAGGGCAUCCCUUUCAUCCUGAUGUCCGGCAAAGCCUUGGAUGAGAGAGUGGGCUACGUCCGGAUCUUGUUCAAGAACCAGGCGUGUUGUGCCCAGAGCGAGAAGCACUGGGCCGCAGGCCAGAGCCAGUGCUUACCACAGCAGGUGGUGUUCUACAUCGGCCAUGGCGAGCUGGGCAGCCCCGCUGUGCUGGUCAGCCGGAACCUGUUCAGGCCCUCCCUGCCCUCCCAGAGCUGGCAGGAGCUGGAGGGCCAGCCCGGGCUCCGCCUUUUUGGCCGCGCUUUGUCUGAUUACUAUGCCUACCGCCCCACGAGGGAGCAGGAUGCCUACUCCAUCCUCAUAUCUCACAUCUUCCACGGCCGAAAGGACUCCUUCAUCACCACGGAGAACUUGCUGGCCUCCUGGGCCUUCUGGACCCCCUUGCUGGACAGCCUAGCCCACGAAGUGCCCCGCCUCUACCCGGGAGGAGCUGAGAAUGGGCACCUGUUGGACUUCGAGUUCAGUGGCAGCCAGUUAGCCUUUUCCCAGCGGCAACUGGAGCAGCUGAUACCAGGGCCAGGCUCCGCUCCGAUGCCCAGUGACUUCCAGGUCCUCAGGGCGACGUACCGAGAGAGCCCGCUGGUCUCAGCCUGGCCCGAGGAGCUGAUCACUAAGCUGGCCAGUGACAUCGAGGCCACAGCUGUGCAGGCGGUGCGGCGCUUCGGCCAGUUCCACCUGGCGCUCUCGGGUGGCUCAAGCCCCAUCGUCCUGUUCCAGCAGCUGGCCACGGGGCACUACGGCUUCCCCUGGGCCCACACGCACCUGUGGCUGGUGGACGAGCGCUGCGUCCCACUCUGGGACCCCGAGUCCAACUUCCAGGGCUUGCAGACUCAUCUGCUGCAGCACAUCAGGGUCCCCCACUACAAUGUGCACCCCAUGCCCGUGCACCUGCACCAGCGGCUCUGUGCUGAGGAGGACCAGGGCGCCCAGGCCUACGCGGAGGAAAUCUCAGCCCUGGUGACCAAUGGCAGCUUCGACCUGGUGCUGCUGGGCAUGGGCACCGACGGGCACACAGCCUCCCUCUUCCCACAGUCACCCACCGGCCUGGACGGCGAGCAGCUGGUGGUGCUGACCAAGAGCCCCUCCAGGCCGCACCAUCGCAUGAGCCUCAGCCUGCCCCUCAUCAACCGUGCCAGGAAGGUGGCCGUCCUGGUCAUGGGCAGGUUGAAGCGUGAGAUAACCAUGCUGGUGAGCCGUGUGGGCCAUGAGCCCAAGAAGUGGCCCAUCUCAGGCGUCCUGCCCACUUCUGGCCAGCUGGUUUGGUACAUGGACUAUGACGCAUUUCUGGGGUGAUGGGGCCUUUGCCGUCUGCUCACCCCCCCAUGCUGUCUUUUGCUUGUCCUGUCCCCUCCCCUCUUUAUCCUGCUACCUGCCCUGGUGCUCUGGCGCUCUGGAAUCAGAUGGCUCAGUCAGCCCCAUCCCAGGCCCUUUGACAGUCCCUGUCUAAAUGUGAUGAGCAGAUGCAGAAAAAGGAAGAAAUGGAGUCUGCUCUUGAGAAGCUUCAGAUCCAAGUCAGGAGAGAAAUACCCACCUGAAGGAAAGACCUGCAGUGGUUACCCAUUAACUUCAUCCAGCGCAAAGUAGGACGGCGUGAAAGCUCCCAACUUCAGAAGAAGGAAUACAGUGGGCUGAGUUAAUCAGGGAGGUGUCUUGGUGGAGAAGAUCCUUGAACUGGUUCCUGUGGAGAAGAGCAGGGACGGUACAGGGGCGGGAGCACCGGCCCCCAUCUGAGCGGUGCAGGCCCGUCCGUGCGGAGCCGGGCACGGGGACCUGUCCGAGCAUUCGGGCUGGUGGAGCCCUGCUUCGUUUCCCCUUCUUCCCGAGCCUCUGACAUCCAGUGUGGCCGCCUCCUUGCUCUGUGUCUCUGCUUUCUUCUCAGUCCUGACUGUGGACGUCUUCCCGUCUCCUGUCUGUUCCUUGGCUGUCUGUCAGACUCCAUUUAUAGACCGACAAAGGAUGAUGACAGCAACACAGCCGCGAAUACUAGGAUGUUACAACGCUUCCAGAAAUCUUGUGACUGUUGUUUGGAGCGCCCUUCCUCAGCAAAUGAACGUCUCUGUAUAGGGGAGGCGCUGGUUCCCCCAGCUCCUCAGGGAGGGCCCCGUCCCCACCUGCCCAUGUGCCUCUCUGGCCAAUACCCUCCAUGAAACACACCGGGCACCAAUAAUCAGGCCAUUCCAGGGAUCCCUCAUUUAAGAGGGUCCAUUACAUCUCAGGGGACUUCCCGGUGGGUGUUUCCAUUCUCAGUACCCCCUCUUGUUUUGCCAGGAAAGAUCCAGUCACAUCUUUCUGUGAGGGUACAACUCAUUUGGGGGGAAGUCAUGUGAGGGUGAGUGAUCUAGACCAUCCAGAUGCUGUGAACUGACCAGACAGGAGCCAGGCCUCCUUGGUCGGGUGGCCGCAGCUCAUGGGCAGUGGUGGCUAUGCACGACCUCCUCAGGGACUCGGCCAGUUCACACUGCCAGGGGGCGCAGGCUGCAGCCCACCCUCUCACACUACCUCUCAGGGCACCCAGCCUGCCGACUUCCUGCCUGCCAGUCCCUCCCGUGACUUCUCGCUUCACCUCUAAUGCAUUGCUGAAGCCUUGGGCCACAAAUCCAUAGCUUCUAGAGAACUGGUUGGGCGCUGCGCUCCUGAGAAGCAUGGGCCAGCAAUCCCUGUUUUUAUGAAGUCCCCAAAAGCAGGGGGAGGGCUCUGAAAUGCUUCCAAACAUCAAAAUUCUCAGGACACAUUUAAUUUUUAUUUCAGCUUCCCACAUGGGCCUGCCCCCAAGCUAUGACUAUAAAGGAAUAAGAUGGAUUUUUCUGGGUGACUGUGCCCACCUCUCAUAGUCACACUUUGUAUCAGCCAGAUAACUUUUAUCAGGCAGAUACAAAGUGUUGUCACACAGAGGGCUUUCCUUGGUGAGGAAAUCUAUGUCUCUGCUGUUGAUUGUUUACAGUUCCUUCAAGGCUACAGAUUUAAAGGAGCUCUUGCUUUCAUCUGAGAUAUGUGUAUAGAAAUGGGUGCCGGAGCCAGGGUCUCUCCAUAUGAAAGGCCCCCGUUAAAAUUCGGCUUCCCGUGGCCUCCGACGACUGGGUCCAGACAGGACACCUCUCUCUAUAGCCAGAGAGGUGGCCUUGGCAGAACAGAAUCCCCGCGCCAGGUCCGGAAGUCCCCUCCCUUUCUGGGGUCAGCAUUUUCAUUUUUUUGCUCUAGAGAUGCUGAUCUGCUAGCGCUCCUGAGUGGACCCAGGUGGUUGCAGUUCGGGUGCCGCAUCUGGCCACGUGGGGGCGCUCUCGCACCAUCCCUGCCGUCUUGCAGUCGGACUGCGGAGGAAUUCCCGGUGUUGUAUUUGCGUUUUCUUUCUUUUUUUUUUUAAUUCCUCCUCCCUGGGCCCUUGGCCCGAGCACUCCCCCCAGCUGUUCUUUGGGAAACUUCCUCUGUGGUUGCAACACCAGAGAGAAAGGAACCUCUACAUGCCCAAGUCCAUUCCAGGAUAAAGGGUAAGCUGGCUCCUGAUGUCACCAUUUCUGAAUAACAGUGAGUCACUGCGGGCCUGAGCCUAGGAUGUCCUGUUCUUAGAGGAGUGCCUUGCCUGGAAAUGCACCCCUUACCCGUGGAGAGUGUGCGCAUAGGGAUAGGGGUCGCGGCAAAAAAGUGCCAAAGGUUUUCUUUCCAGAAUCAGUGUUGUCUUAACGUCACACCAGAAAAAUCCGCUGGGAGACAUUGUCAGCAUUCCUGCUUCUACCCACUCGCUGCUUCCUGUUCCCUCCUUGCCCUGUGCCAGGAAGGAGAGAGCCUCAGCACCUGGCCACCUAGGCUGGUGGCCUCCAAACUUUCUGGACCACGAUCCACGGCAAGAAACACACGUUACACCAUGAGUCGUGCAGAAAUCUGUCUCAAGCACGAGUUUUAUAAAGGAAUUCCUGCCCUGAGAGCAUGGGGUACUUUCAAGUUUCUAUUUUUCAUUAAAAAAAAAAAAUGCUGUUUGUAA